AAGGGCUAAAUUUUAGGUGGUGGUUAACGUGUAAAUGUUAGAUUUUAGGCGUUUGAUAUGUAAAUAUAUAUGUUUUAGAUGGUAGAACGUAAAAAUCAAGAGAGAGAGACGCACCUACAUCCUGGUGUUUUCCUUAUUUUGGACAGAGAAGGAGAUGAUCAAGCAAACUUUCGCUGGAAAAGAAUUGACCAAAUUCCUCAUAUAGUUAAUUUAUAGAUCACCGUAAUCACAUGUAAAGAUUCACACCGAACUCUCCGUGGCACGAUCUGUACGCGAAUCAGUUUCUUAUGAGGGGGAGGGAGAAGCGUGCAUUCUGUAGCUUCGUUGGCGGGCGGAGAUCCGAGCGUUUGCCGAUCCAACUUUUGCAAACCACUCAAGAAAACCCUAUAAAGAGACAGAGAGCAGAGAGAGAAGGAGAGAAAUCCUGGCUGAGAUAAUCCCGGAUUCGUUAUCUUCUCGCGGCUCUUCGUCCCCGUCUGCUCCUCUUCUUCUUUCCUUGCCGCGCAGAAGCAUCAGAAGAUGGCUGAACCCGAGGAAAUUCAACCCCUGGUUUGUGACAAUGGAACUGGGAUGGUUAAGGCUGGAUUUGCUGGAGAUGAUGCCCCAAGAGCUGUUUUCCCAAGCAUCGUAGGCCGCCCUCGCCACACUGGUGUGAUGGUCGGAAUGGGCCAGAAAGAUGCAUAUGUUGGUGACGAAGCUCAAUCCAAACGUGGUAUUUUAACUCUAAAGUACCCCAUUGAGCAUGGAAUUGUGAGCAACUGGGAUGACAUGGAGAAGAUCUGGCACCAUACGUUCUACAAUGAACUUCGUAUCGCACCCGAAGAACAUCCAAUCCUUCUCACGGAGGCUCCGUUGAACCCCAAGGCCAAUCGUGAGAAGAUGACUCAAAUCAUGUUUGAGACUUUCAAUACUCCGGCAAUGUAUGUUGCCAUCCAAGCUGUUCUCUCCCUGUAUGCCAGCGGUCGAACAACUGGUAUUGUGCUGGACUCGGGUGAUGGGGUGAGCCACACUGUUCCUAUCUAUGAGGGAUAUGCCCUUCCACAUGCAAUUCUUCGUUUAGACUUGGCAGGUCGUGACCUCACCGAUGCUCUCAUGAAGAUUCUCACCGAGCGUGGAUAUUCAUUCACAACCACAGCAGAGCGUGAAAUCGUGAGAGAUAUCAAGGAGAAACUAGCUUACAUUGCUCUUGACUACGAGCAGGAAUUGGAGACUUCUAAGACCAGCUCCUCUGUGGAUAGGAACUAUGAGCUCCCUGAUGGGCAGGUUAUCACCAUUGGUGCUGAACGAUUCCGCUGCCCCGAGGUCCUCUUCCAACCGUCGAUGAUCGGGAUGGAAUCAGCUGGCAUUCACGAGACCACAUACAACUCGAUCAUGAAGUGCGACGUGGAUAUCAGAAAGGAUUUGUAUGGAAACAUUGUACUUAGUGGUGGAUCUACUAUGUUUCCUGGCAUUGCUGACAGGAUGAGCAAGGAGAUCACAGCACUGGCACCAACUAGCAUGAAGAUCAAGGUGGUGGCUCCACCAGAAAGAAAGUAUAGUGUUUGGAUUGGCGGUUCCAUCUUGGCAUCUCUUAGCACUUUCCAACAGAUGUGGAUUUCUAAGGCAGAGUAUGAUGAGUCUGGCCCAUCAAUUGUGCACAGGAAAUGCUUCUAAUCUUCCAGUAUUAAAUGGGAGUUGAUGGAAGAUUUGCUGCGGCUUGGCUCCUCCUUUUGUCUAGUUUUAUUGCUUAAUUGCACAAAAAUGUUGUUUUUUCAACUGAACGAUUCGUGAAUGUUUAAAUAUCUUUUCUGAUGAUGCACGGGGAGAUUAUAGUCCGAGAAGCAGGUUUUAAUACUGCCAUGGUUUUGGAUUUCAUAGAGGUUUACUACCUGUCCUUUUUGUGUUUCCAUAAUAAUUUUCUUUAAUUCUUUGUAUUCCUUUUUAUGGCUGUUUGUGGCUGAAAAUUUUAUUUGUUUAAACUAGUACUAAAACUUUAAUAGUGCUUUU